GAUGAGUACCACGCAAACUGCGUCUGCGGCGACCGAUGCUCAAGGCGUCAAGGUCUACGUGAGAGUCCGUCCGAUGAGCGCAAGUGAAGUGGAGCAAGGAUGCGACAGCGCCUUCGCGGCUGAAGCUGCAUCGAUCACGCUCGGACCCAAGACAUAUGCGUUCGACGAGGUGUUCAACGCAACCGAGUCUCAAGAUCACGUCUUCACACAUAGCGCCGCGGGGUUGCUGGAUGGAUUCUUCGAAGGGUACAACACGACGGUCUUCGCAUACGGCCAAACAGGGUCAGGGAAAACGUACACCAUGGGCGUAGAGCAUGGCGGGGUCAUCCCGCAUGUCGUGAGCGAUGUCUUUUCCCGGGGCAAGAAGCUCGACACGGACAAAAUGACGACGGUCGUGCUCAAGAUGUCGUACUUGGAGAUAUUCAACGAAGAAGUUUUCGACCUCCUCGCGUCCACCCCUACGACGAGCCUCGCUGUCCGCGACGACCUGAAGCGCGGGAUUAUCGUCGCGGGGCUAUCCGAGCACGUCGUCCGUUCUACGGACGAAGUGAACCAGCUCCUACUUCAAGGCGCCGGCCGACGAGCGACUGCAUCCACGGGCAUGAACGACACGAGCAGUCGGUCUCAUGCUAUCUGUACGCUGUCGAUGCAUCAGCAGCCAGCCGAAGGCAUGGCCAAGUUUUCGAAAUUCCAUCUCGUCGACUUGGCUGGAUCGGAGCGCGCCAAGCGAACACUGGCGACGGGCGAUCGUUUCAAAGAAGGAGUGCACAUCAACCAAGCGCUGCUGACACUCGGCAAGGUCAUCACGGCGCUCAGUGACAAGAAAGCAUUUGUGCCGUACCGCGAGUCCAAGCUCACGCGCCUCCUUCAAGACAGUUUGGGCGGCAACAGCAAGACCAUCAUGAUUGCAUGUGUGAGCCCCGCCGACUCGAAUUAUGACGAAACCACCAGCACAUUACGGUACGCAGAGCGCACGCGGUGCAUCCAAAACAAAGCCGUGAUCAACAAGGACCCUGGGGCAUGUGAAAUCAAGUACCUCCGACAACAAGUGGAGCUGCUGCAGCUGCAAUUGCUGCAGGCUAAAUCGGGUAUUCCCACGAUGUGGCAACCUCCGCCGCCACCCGCGAUGACGACGACGACUACUGGCAGCAUUACCAGUUCGUUGAACACGUCAGUGUCUUGUACGUCCAAAGCAGACUUCACGCAAGACGAAGGGUUGCUGUUGCUACCGCAAGAAGCCAAAGAUCAUCAGAAGAAAUGCAUGGCGCAACAUCCACACGACGGGGCGGUCAAUGCCGCCGACCUCGCGAACAUGGAGCGAGUGAUCGAAGAGAAGGAAGCGCUGAUGCAUAUGUUGAACUCGGUGGACGAGAGCCAAAUUGGCGCCGAGCUGGAAGCGCUGAUCAAGCAGUACGAAGCCAAGAUCCAGUUGCUCCAAACACCGACGAAAACGUCGCAGUUGGCGGUCGCGACGGCCGCCCAGACCGAAGUCCGCCGGCUCCAACGACUGCAUCAGCAGGGCCAGCUCAAGAUUUCGUCGCUUCAGGUCGAGCUCACGAGCAUGAAGCAGAUGAAAGCGUCGCUCCAGCGCAAGCUCAAGAUGGAGGUGGGCAACGCCCAGAAAGAACACCGGCGGCAGUCGCUCGCGAUCCUGCAGCUGCAGCGCAAACACACCAAGAAACAAAUGGAGAUCCACAAGCUGAGCCAUCUCCACGCACAGCAAAACACGAUGCUCAAGCGCAAGACUGAAGAGCUGGCAAAAUUGCAAUCGUCCAACAAGCGGGUCAAGCCAAAUGAACAACCUGCCGCCAUGACGACGGACGCCGCGGCGCAGUUGGUGGACGACGAGGUCGAGGUUGAGAUGACCCUGCUUGGAGCCAAGGCAGCCAUCAAGGUCGAAAUCGAGGAGCGUGCGGCGUUGGCGAAAACGAUGCGACGGACGCCGCCGGGGGGCGAGGCCAAGCUCAAGAUAGAGCAACAGCUAGCCGACAAGAACGCAGACAUUCGAAAGCUGCAGCAAAAGCUGGAUGUGGUCGAAAGACAUCAUCGAAGUGGUACGAGCCGAUUGUGUCCUGCGUCGGUGGGAUCAUGCCACAAAGUGAUUCAGGCGUUGUUGGCCACAGCCGUGACAGCAAAGGCGCGCUGCUUGGACUUGGUGGACGUGGACAAGCAACUCGGGCACGUGGAAGAGCAACUUGCACAGACACAAGCGCAAUGUGCCGAGUUGGCCGCCCAAGUCGCGCGAUUACAAGUGGAACUGCAGUCUCGACCGGCCAAGAAAGUUCGGCCCAAGCCAAAAGCAACGACGGACAUUGUCGACGAGAUGCCGAGUGAGAGUGAAGAUGACGACGAGUACGACGACGAUUCAGACUACACGGAAGAUGGCGGGCGGAGUCGCCGAGGGCGGAGCAGCGCCCGCAAAGACAGAGCCAAACCAAGCGCGACCGUCACCCCAGGCGACAAUGACUCUGCCGACUGCUGCCAGUGCAAUGGCAAAUGCGCGACCAAGAACUGCGCGUGUCGAGCGCGUUCCGGUCGAUGCGGAGACAAGUGCAGCUGCAAAGCGCACAAGUGUGGAAACCGACAGGUCGACAACGACAGCAUCCUGCAAGAGCUGUGCGGUCCAAACCAAGUGAUCUCGGUUCUAGAGUUUGCGUCACCCAUGCCGAAAGUGCCGCUGCCGCCGAUGACGACUCAGUAUGAAACCGCCGAACUGGACAAAGAGAACAAGCAUCAUGGAGUGCAUGUGUUGGUGACUCCGCCCCCGCCCAUGGUACAUAAUACUUCCAACCAACCCACCCACCAGUCGAAGAAAGGACUAACGAGACGCUUACAAGCAUCAUCAUCAUCGGCAUCUCACGGCGCAGCAGUCGUCCCCAAUAUGAAGAAGCUGUACGACCCACGUCCUUCGGAUGUGCCCGCGUCGUCGUCGUCCCUCACUGCAAGGCUCAAGAUGUUGUAAAAGUGCGUGGAUUCCAAGAAGUGAAAUGAUGGACCAUCAUUUAUUAUAUGAAUAGUAUAUUAAAAUUCAUUGCCA